GUAGCAUUAUUUAUCUAUGGGAUCGUAAACGUUUUUGCAGCUAAUGAAAUAUUGGCGAAAAGUAGAUGAAAUAAUUUAAUUUAUAAUUGAGCUGUUGCGAAACGGCAAGUGGACACGGGCAGCCAUCAGCUGGACAAGAACAAGUGCAUAUAUUUAGCAGUGACAUGUUUGAGAGACGAGCGACCUGUGCCCGUGUAAAUGUUUCACUUUCGUGUGUGUCCCGAAUUCAGGAGACUAGGGACGUCCAAUAAGCAGCCAUCUUAUAAGAAUGGCGAGUGAAUUGUUCUGAAUACCCAUCCUUGUAAACGGAUGAUGAGGAAAACACUGUUAACAAGCAGGCAGCUACCACAGAGAGCAGCAACAAAAACAUCUCGGCCUACGCAGACAUGUGCAGUGCGCAGCUAAUCUAUUGUAAAUAAACUGCGUCUACGUCUAUUGUGAACGGGCACAUUUUCUCGGUCACGUACGCCGAUUCCGAUUCCUCGAUUCCCCGUUGCAAUAACACCAGGUGCAGAAGGGGCUUGAAUUCGCGAAAGCCCAGGUGCUGCCGAAGCCCCAAAUCCUCGAGAUCCAGAUACCGGGGAGCACAAAAGCGGCGAGCGACCAUCAGCGCUACGAUCGGUUACAGAUCGAAGCAAUAGACUUCACUUAGUGUCUCGUAGAGACGAAACCUGAAGCUGGCAGUAGAACGAAAACAGAGCGUCAACGAAAAUGAAAAUAUCAGAGGUGCCCCGCAUCAUGGUCUUUCGGCCCACCUGGGAGGAGUUUAAGGACUUCCCCAAAUACGUAGCCUACAUGGAGUCCAAGGGCGCCCACAAGGCCGGUCUGGCCAAGGUGGUACCACCGCCAGAAUGGGUGCCCCGGCGCAGUGGCUAUGCAGAUCUGGAUGCCCUGAAUGUUACAAUUCCGGCGCCCAUAUGUCAGGUGGUCACCGGCAAGCAGGGCUACUACCAGCAAAUAAAUAUCCAAAAGAAACCGUUGACCGUGAAGCAGUUCAGCGAGCUGGCCAGCACCGAGCGCUACGCCACGCCCAAGCACUUCGACUUUGAGGAUCUGGAACGGAAGUAUUGGAAGAACAUCACAUACGUGGCCCCCAUUUAUGGAGCAGACGUCAGCGGCAGCAUCACAGACACAGACCAGGAUAGCUGGAACAUCAACCGGCUGGGCACAAUUCUGGACUACGUAAACAAGGACUACAACAUCCAGAUAGACGGUGUAAACACGGCGUACUUGUACUUCGGCAUGUGGAAGACCACGUUCGCCUGGCACACGGAGGACAUGGACCUCUACUCAAUCAACUACUUGCACUUUGGGGCGCCCAAGACGUGGUACGUGGUGCCGCCGGAGUGCGGCCGCAAGCUGGAGAAGGUUGCGAAUCAGUACUUUCCGGCCAGCUACAAGAACUGCAAUGCCUACCUACGCCACAAGAUGACGCUCAUCUCUCCCCAGAUACUGAAGCAGCACGAUGUGCCCGUCAGUAAGAUCACGCAGGAGGCGGGCGAAAUCAUGAUCACGUUCCCGUUCGGCUACCAUGCCGGCUUCAACCACGGCUUCAACUGUGCCGAGUCGACCAACUUCGCCAUGGAGCGCUGGAUCGAGUACGGCAAGCGAGCGGUGCAGUGUACCUGCAGCAACGACAUGGUGAAGAUCUCAAUGGACACGUUCGUCAAGCGCUUCCAGAGCGACCGCUACGACCUGUGGGUGGAGGGACGCGAUGUUGGGCGGCAUCCGGAGGAUCCCGUCAACGGGACUCCCAGCGCCGCUCCCCUGCCGCCGCACCUCGAUGUCCUGCUUUGUGAUAAGAAAAUGAAGAAGCAAUGCAACCCCACCAAGGCCAAGAGCUUCAAGGAGCGCAAUCCCGAUCUUGACCUGGAUGAAAUCCAGCAGAAUCCCAACGUGCCCGACGACGUGAAGGCCAUGCUGAAGGAGAGCGUCCUCACGCUGGACACCGGCGAUCUGGGUCUCGAUGAGGGCGACUUCGCCAACGAGGAUGCCAUGAGUCUGCAGAGUCCCGCCAAUCUGAAGACGAAACAAGAGCUGCUGGAGUACAUAGAUGACGGCACAGAGGAUGACGACGAGGAGGAGGACUUUAAGCGGCGCAAGCAGAAGCGCAAGUACGACGCCGACUACGAUGACGACUGGCUGGCGUCUAAGCGCAAAACGCACUCGAGGAACAGCAGCCGAGGCCGAAGUCCGCGAACCAAGGACGACCGCUCCAUAUCGCCGGCCUCUUCCACGUCCUCGACUUCGCGAGGCGCGAGACGCGGCAAGGCCAGCGGCACGCCCCGUAAGACGCCAGCGAGGCGGAAAAAGGAUGCCGUUAUCACGUCACCGCCGGUUGCCAACAGCGCUGUCAGAGCUGUCCUGCAAUCGCCAACACCUGCGCUUUCAGCAGCAGCAGCAACAUCAUCAGCAUCUCCAACGCAAUCUGCAGCAGAUAGCGGCGGCGGAGAUGCCAAAAAGGAACAGCAGACGCUGCAGUUCAUGCAACAGCCACGAAAGUUUGAGGGCAAGAUACCAAAAUUAAGUGCGGCAGCGGCAGGAGCAGGAGCAGCAGCAUCUACAUCCAAGUCUAGUCAAGAGCAGCAGCAGCAACAGAUUGUCUACGUCAACAUGUUGCCCGCGGCCAACACACUCAGUGGCAUUCCCCAGCAGCAGCAGCAGUACGGUAGCACGGACGGCAACGUCUACCAGCUGCAAAACGAGAUACUCUGUGAUGCAAAUGGUCAGGCGGUGACCACCGCCACGGCCUCAUAUCAGACCGCGGCCAGCAGUCCACAGCAUCAGCAGCAGCAACAGCAGAAUGUUGCAAGCAAUGUUGCCGGUUCUUCUAAGCACCAUAGCCACAACCACAACCACGACCAGAAACCACCAAUGUUCAAACGGCCAUACAACACACCACCAAGCAAUCACAGAACCCAGAACACGAACAACAACAAACCGAACCAAAAUCCUGUCCAAGAUGAUUUCCAGCGUCGCCAGGCGGAAGCGAGUCGCAUUUACUACGAAGAAAUCAUCGUCAAGCAGGCGAACGCUCGUGCCCGCGCUCGCCUCGCCGACAGCAACAGCAAAGGUUGCAGUCGCAGCAGCAGCAGCAGCAUCAGCAGAAGCACCAGCAGCACCGGCAGCUUCGUCGACCAGUUCGCCGAAUUUGUUGUCCAUUCGUCCAGAACUACUACUCCCAUGUCCUCCGAUCCCAUGUCCCAUGUGCCGCCUCCACCAACAAAUAAUGCAAACGGUGUCUCAUCUCUCCUUCCUCCCAAAACCAACAGCAGCAGCAGCAGCAACAACAACAACAACGUGUCCGUAGUGAGCAGUAGUGGUGGCAAUGGCCUCAAGACGACGGCCAAGAAGUCCUCAUCCGUCAUCCUUCUGGCCGCCCGAGGAGCUGGAGCUGCCAAGCAUCCGCCUAUUAGCAUUCUCAAUGGCAGUUCCAAGGUCGCAACUGGAGCCGGAGGCGUCAGGUUGGUCCGUGUCAACUCUUCCAACCGUAAUCAGCGCCAGGUGAUUGUCGCCACGGAAGCUGCAGCUGCGGAACAAGAGCAGCAGCAGUUGGCCUCCGAGGAGGAGGAGCUGGCCGAGGAGGAAGAGCUUGAUGGGGAUCUGGACGAGGAUGCGGCGGCACUUGGUGCCCUGUCCUCCUCGACUGCCCAGAUCCUGCGCAAGUUCCGCAUACCCAAGGGCACGGCGGUGACGGCCAAGUCGGCAGGUGACAAUUACCUGGCAAUGCCGACUCCCACCCCAUCUCCACCGGGCGGUGUCGUCAGCGUGGUUAGCUCUGGCAUGGAGGCUGACGGGGGCUACAUCGAAACCGAGGAUGAUAUUAUAGAGGAACUCAAUGAAGAUGAUCUGGUCGAGGAGAUUAUCGACGAAGAGCCGUGCGAGGAGCAGGCAGAGCUGCAGGAGGAUGUGCCGACCAGUGCCAGCGAACACGAUGGACUUCCCAACGCGGGGACAAUUCUGCUAGCUCCUCAGCCCCAGGCCCAGCCCCAGCCACCGCCUCUUCAGCUGCAGACGGUGGCCUCCAACGGAACGGUGACCUGCUUCAAUCUGCCGGCCAACACAAUCCUGCUCCAGUCGGCCGAUGGCAGCAUUAUCGCCGCCACCCAGGUGCCGCAUCCCAGCAAGGCGGGUCAUCAGCAGCUGAUUGCCCUGCCGGGUAGCGUGGCCCUGUCCGCCGAGCAAAUGCCCCAGCCCGCUGCUGCAACGACGCCUCAGGCCACGCAGACCCUGCUGCUGACGGCCGAUGGCACAGCCAUUCCCAUACUGGCAACCGGAACGCCCCAGCAGCCGCAGCAGCAGCAACAGCAGCAGCAGCAACAGGCUGCUGCUGCUGCUGCUCAACUGUUUGCCGCGUAGGGGCUAAUGGGUGGCCAAUUGGGUCGAUUUUUGAACAGUGCCACCAUAAUGCCGACCACGUACUUCUUUUAAUCUCAAUUCUAAUUCUUUAAAUCUCGAAUUGCUUUUCAAUAGCGAUUAUUCAUUGCGAUUGCUCAUGGUGCAAAGCUUGCAUUGGCUUAGCUUUCCACUGUCGGCACCGCGCCUUGACCCCUUGCUGGGUUUCCUUCCAUAACACACCAAAAAUCGUCUCAUUUGGCCACCAAUGAUGGAAAAGGGAGAGAAAACACAAUGAAUAAUAACUCAACCAUAAGCAAAGCUACAACUCACUGAUAUUACUUACUACAAUGUUGGAUGUGCAUAGGAAAUGUAUUUUUUUAUUACCAAAACCAAAUGCCUAUAUGAAUUCAAAUCAAAUGUUGUUCAACACGCAGAGACACACACGAAGGAAUCAAAUAUGUAUGUACUACAUUUCAAGGCAAACUUAAGAGCAUCUUAAAAUUAAUUAGAUUCGUACGCCUAAGGUAACUUUUAGACGCGAAAGUGCAAAGACGAUGAGACACACACCCGAAACCAGUUGUAACUAUUUUACCUGCCGCCUCUGUGCAGCGAAAAAUAUGUUCUAGCCUAAUUUAGUGUGGUGGGGACUACUCCUCUCCACAAGUACCUAUAUAUAUAUAUUUAAUUUGUUCCUUGCUUAAAGAGAAACAGACAGGCGACUAUGUAUGUUCUUCUCCUAUUUAUCCAAUAAGUUCUCAUUCUAUUUAUUUAUUUUUGUUAACCAAUCCUGUAUCCGUGCUGUCCGAGCCCUGUCCCCUUGUCAUUAUAUUUUUUAUCGUGUUGUAUAUUCUUUACAUAAAUAUUACAUAUUUUGUAUCCGCAAUUUUGUUAUGCCAUUCACUUACAAAUAGGAACUCGAGCAUAGCGCACCGACCUAACAUUACUCUAAGUUGUAGGCUCUAUAUUUUAGAAUCAAGUAUUUUUUUAAACGAGACUCUUGCAAAGCCAAGAACCCGACACGACCCGACAACACACUAGGCUAAGCGAAGCUAGAUUAAGCCUAGCACAUAACUCGAACCGAUGGAAGACAAUGAUUCAAAAAUAUUUAUAAAUAUGUAAUUUAAGACACAACAAAUGAGCGAACACAAGUUUCACUUCUGUAAGAUAUACAUACACUAUGCCUAAGGUCUAAAUAAUAACGAAGCGAAAUCGUAAACAUUAAGCAAACUCGAUGUAGCCUACAUAAUGUAUAAUAAAAAGUCGAAAGCUAAUAUUACUUUAU